GACCCUGGAGAGGUGGCGGUCCGGAGUCUAGGCGACGGGGCGUGACGGGGCCGGAAGGUGGCGGGAGGGGGCCGGGCCGGAGCCGGCGGGAGGGCCAGGUCCCGAGGCCCCGACCCUGGCGUGCCCGCCCCCUCCGCGGCAGAGGAGGAAGAGGAGGAUGAUCUCCAGAUACACCCGGAAGGCGGUGCCACAGAACUUGGAGUUGAAAGGAAUAACAAAACAUGCUAUUAAUCAUCAUCCCCUUCCAGAGCAGCUGGAUGAAAUUUCUUCUACCAAUGACAGCCACGAAAAAGAUACGAGUUCCCAAAGUGAGUCUGACAUCACACAAGAAUCACCUUUUACAUCAGCUGACACUGGGAAUUCAAGAUCUGCUUUUCCAAGUUAUACAGGAACAGGGAUCUCCACUGAAGGCAGCUCGGACUUCUCCUGGGGAUAUGGUGAGCUUGAUCAAAAUGCCACUGAAAAGGUCCAGGCAAUGUUCACAGCCAUUGACGAGCUCUUGUAUGAGCAGAAGCUGAGUGUGCAUACUAAGAGUCUACAGGAAGAAUGCCAACAAUGGACAUGCAGCUUUCCUCACCUCAGGAUCCUGGGUAGGCAGAUAAUCACUCCAAGCGAAGGAUAUGGACUGUAUCCUAGAUCCCCUUCUGUUGUUUCAGUUUCACAUGAGACAACACUUUCUCAAGAAAGAGAUUCUACUAUAUUUGGUAUUAGGGGAAAGAAGUUACAUUUUUCAUCUUCUUAUGCUCACAAAGCAUCUCCCAUUGCCAAAUCCCCUAGUGUGUAUUCUAUGGAAAGAGAGGAGGAAGACUGUAUAAUCUUCUCUGAAGGAAUAAUAGAGGAAUACCUAGCAUUCGACCACACUGAUAUGGAAGAGGGGUUUCAAGGAAAGAAAUUACACGCAUCUCCAGAGAAACAGAAAUUAGGGUACCCUCCCAUUGCUCCAUUUUACUGCAUGAAAGAGGACGUCCUUGCUUAUGUGUUUGACGACGUGUGGAGCAAAGUUCUGAGCUGUAUGGAGCAGCUGACACGUAGUCAUUGGGAGGGAUUUGCUUCUGAUGAUGAGAGUAAUGUUGCAAACACCAGACCAGUUUCAGAAAGCCCCUGUGUGCUGAGUGAACCACAACCCUUGGUUUUACCUCGAGUGCCACAGUCGAAGGUGCUGUCCAUCACCUCAAAUACAAUGAAUCUCUGUCAAGCAGCAAGUGGUCAUCAGCCAAAUGUGAAUGGUCUCUUGGUCCAUGGGAUGCCUCUACAACCAAGAAAUCUCUCCCUAAUGGACAAGCUACUAGAUCUUGAUGACAAGCUACUUAUGAGACCUGGAUGCAGUACCAUCCUUUCAACCCGAAAUUGGCCAAAUCGAGCCCUGGAGCUUAGUACAUCAGCUCUGUCAUACACAGUGCAGUCUGCCAGGAGACGCAAUCCCCCACCACGUACGCUUCAUCCCAUCAGCACAAGCCAUUCAUGCGCUGGAACGCCAAGGCCUGUGGAAGAAAUCCUCAGAGGAUCCCGAGUUCCAGGAGCGGCGGACUCACUCUCCUCUCCCUCACCAAUGCCCCUGAGUCGAAACAAUCUCCUGCCACCUAUUGGCACAGCUGAAGUGGAACACUUAAGCACUGUGGGGUCACAAAGGCAAACGAAAACCCAUGGUGACUCCAAUCGAGCUCGAAGUGCAGUGGUGGAUGAGCCUAACCAUCAGCAGCCCCAGGAGAGGCUCCUUUUACCUGACUUUUUCUCCAGGCCCAACACUACUCAGUCAUUUUUGCCAGAUACACAAUAUCAUUCGUGUGUUGCUGAGUAUCCUCAUCAGGCCCGACCUGGUAGGGGAUCUGCAGUGACAGGUCCUCAGUUACAUGGGUCUACAAAAUCUCAAAACAGAGGUGGACCAGUCUCUAGAACCAAGCAGGGACCAUAGGGCAAAUAGAAGGACCUGCUUCAGGCUGCAGGGAACACGUGAGAGAAUUUCAUGAAUCAGUGUCCAGUCAUCUUGUGAUGCGAAGCUUGUAUACAAAAGAACUUAAAACCAUCUUCAUGAAGUGUUAAUCUGGUGUAACUGACUGAGGAAAAAAAAAAAAAAGAAUAUCCGCCAAAGAUUACAUGGGUACUGUUUUUCCAGUUACCAUCUUCUUUCAGCAUUAAGUUAACCUACUCCACUGGACAGAAUUUGUAUCCAAAAAUGUAACAAAUUAAUAAUUAUCCCCAAAUCACUGCUCAUGUUGUCUGUUAAUGAUGAUCAGUUCAAUUAUAGGAUUCUAUAAGAGUCUAUGAAGACUAUACAUACACAAAAAGCAGCAAAUGAUUGUUUGAUAACAUGAAGCUAUAUCACUGGCUUCAGAACACUUCCACUUGUAUGAAUUUCUGGAGAGUUGUACUCAUUUUUAAGGCAUUUUUAGGAGACAGUUCUGUCAAAACUCUGAGCUACUCAUCAAACAGAUGUCAGUCCUAAAGCUUUCUCUUUAGAUGUCCAAUCUUCUAGGCAAAGAGGUAUGGAAGGGGUGAGUAAUAAAGACAUAAAUGUUGAACACUGGUUUAAAGUAACUUAUGUAAUAAGUCAUAAUGUAUAUAUAUUUUCAGACAGGACAGCUCAACCUCACAAUGCCUGCUUGAUAUCAGAUUAUGCUUUUCUUAAAGGACUUUAGUGGUUA